GGAAGUGAAGUUUGAAUUUACUACUGACAAUGGAGGCUGAGCCCUGGUCCACCCUGUGCACGGUCAGCCAUGCCAGCCAGCGGUACCUGUGCCUCUGCAGAGUCCAGACUGGCACCGACCUCAGGAUACAUGUGACUAACAGCAAUGAAGUGUGGAGGACGGACCCCAUAGAGGAGGCCCUGGAGGAAUGGGACGCGGUUCGUAAUGUGACCUCACGUGAUCUGGUGAGCAAAUUGCGGGAACACUUCCAGAGCAGCCCCCCGCUUCUAGAGGUGCAGGGCAGCAUUGCGAGCUUGUCUUUCCAGGUGGAUUCUGGGAAGUUUUCCCUGGACCUUUUAAAGGUUCCCAUCUCUGAGGCGCGAGCGCAGGUGCAAGAUGUGUUAUUCCACUUGUCAGAUCGAGUGAGGAGUUUAGAGGCGCUUCUUAAAGAUAGGGAGGACAGCGCCGCUCCGUCCGUCAGUCCAGCGAAGCAAUCGCAGAGGAACCAGCUGCUCCUUAUUCCAGAUGUUAGAAAGAAAGGUUUUGGGGGGUCGUCCUCACAGGUGAAGAAGAGGCUCCCCGGGGAAUCGCUUAUUAAUCCUGGCUGUAAGAGUAAAAAAGCAGCCAAGGGGGUCGAUUUUGAAUAAUCAUGAGGACGUGCAGGAAGGUAACGUCAUCUUAAACCGGCGGUGGCCAUUUUGUGAUCUUAAGCAGGAGGUGGCCUCUAUGUACAAGGAACCUGCAACUCACGAAAGUAGAAAAUGCAUAUUAUUACAUUAGGGAAGAGCUUUGUGGCGUUACCACAACCUCAAUAUUUCCCUAUGGGGAUAAAUUCACGGAUCGAUAGCAAAAAUUCCAAUAUGGCCGCCAGUACUUUUUAUUGUAUCUUGCAUUUGCGACCGCAUUGGCAUUUAUUGCUUGCAAUGUCGCAAUUCGACCUUGUUGUCACGCCCUAACUAUGAAGCAGAACAUUAAGGAAGUGAUAUUGACGCCAAAAGUGGCCAUGGAGGUUCCGACGGAUGGAACUCUACCCCAUCAGUUGAAAUUCUC